AUGGAUACAUGUGUGGAAGGGUCAGGAUUAGUGGUGCCACCUGCCAGCGUAGGCUACACCAGUGCCAGAAAUGACAGUUCAGCAUGCACGUGGGAAACAACGAAACAACCGGGACAGGUACUAGUGCUCCAUAUAUCGUUUAGUGGAACAUUUCGACAUGAAUGGAUCGAAAAAUGUACUUUGGCAUACGUGGAUAUCGUCCAGAGCAAUUCGAACCAUAGACGGGACAGGUUCUGUGGCAACACAAACCCACAGUAUUAUCAAUACAUAGACGGCGGGGUGCGGAUAAGAUUUGUGACCCACAUGAAAGGCGUACAACUUAACGUUUUGGCCUAUAAUCGAGAUUCGUCAACUCUUGACACUUGUCCAACAGAGCAAAACCCCACAGUGUAUGUGAACCCUGGAACCUUAGAACCGUUUGGUAGUGCCAACUACUCUCAUUCCCUUCAAUGCUAUUGGAGAAUAACUAGUCAAUCUCCACGGAAGAAUGUCCGCUUCGAGAUCACAGAGAUUGAUGUGGAAGAUUUCCGACAGUGUUCAGCAGAUUCGCUCUCAGUUUACGACGGCGAAACAAUUUCAAAGAGUAGGCUACUUGGAAAAUUCUGUGGAAAUGAGAAACCCCCCGUCCUUUGGUCCAGUACGAGCACUCUACAUGUCGUGUUUGAGUCAGAUAACACACACGAAGGAAAGGGGUUCAAGGCAAAGUUUGACUUUGUUAGUUCUGACACCAGAUGCCCGUCAAAGUACCUCCCAAAAUACCUGAUUUCCCCAACGUCUUUGAUGCCUUUUGGACUUGGUGUGCAGCUGUCGGACAUGGAGUGUCACUGGAUCGUCACGACACCUAGUGGACAUAAUGGGAUGAUUUUGACUUUGAUGGAGUUUCUUAUGGAUGAGGGAGUCAGCUGCAGUGAAGGCCGCCUCUCAAUUUAUGAGAUAACACCCGACUCCGAAACUCCACUGGGUGAAUAUUGCAAAGAAAGUGAAAACCAACGUAUUGUCUUCUCUGCCUCUGGCCAGGUGCGUCUGGUAUUCCGUCUAACAGGGACGGCAGCAUCAAAGGGAUUCUGGAUGUCAUUCAAUCUGCGCCCAGCCAAAUGUGAAGAAGUUCUUAUGUCACCCUCUGGCAUGAUUAAGACCUCUUCUUAUCCAGCGUCAUACUUUCCGGACGAGCAUUGCACGUGGCAUAUACAAGGGCCACGUGGAAAAGUUAUCAAGCUGACGUUUAUGGACAUCGACCUCGGUGACAGCGGUGACUAUGUUGAGAUUCUGGAACCAUCAGACAUUGCAGGUGUCGUGGACCGUCGUCAAAGGAUCGACAAAAUGAUGUCCAAUCCCUACCUGAGCAGUUCGAAUAAACUUCUGGUAAAAUUCAGGUCCAACAAUGCGGCAGGUGGCAGAGGCUUUAUGGCAGUCUACGAUUCGAUAACGGCCCCACCUGUAUGUGGGGGUGUGAGCAAUGGCGGGGAAGGUGUGAUAUCGUCCUUGGAUGUGGUAAUCAACCCUCCGCAUCGGGACUGUGAGUGGAUAAUAAAGGCUGGCGAGGGCAAAGUCCUGAAGAUAACGUUUAGUUCCUUGAAAAUGCAGCCAGCAUUUGGAAACUCAGCCUGUUCAUAUGAAUACGUGGAGAUAAGAGACGGCGCAACUAGUGCUGAUCUUCUUAUAGGUCGUUAUUGCGGCGACGCCUUACCCCGUGAUAUUUUGACGUCCACCAACGAGGCGUAUGUGAAAUAUCAUUCUGACCAUUUAGUAAAUGGAAGACGAUUCAGAUUAUCGUACAAAGAAACAGAAGCCAUAUGUGGCGGUUAUCUUACCGGACAUGAAGUGCCUUUUAAGCUGACGUCACCACGUUUCCCACGUGACUACCCUUAUAACGUCAGAUGCAAGUGGACUGUUCAGCCUUUACCUGGUGACCAUCUAGUUGCUUACGUUACCGAGAUUGCUUUAGAGUCCUCAGUCAACUGUCGUUACGACUACCUCGAAAUAAAAUCGAAUAAAAACCAGACAACAGUGCUGCGAGCGUGUGGUACUGAUUACCCACCAGAAUUUUUGAUAGAUGACGGUGUGGAUAUUUAUUUUGUGGCGGAUUCUACAAUAAGCAAGAAAGGGUUUUCAAUGACGGUUACAUCAACGCGUUUUCCCAAGACAGCCGAGUUGGGAUAUACAGUUACGUAUUCAGAACCUUGUCCAAACGCUACAAAUUUCCAGACUGACAUAAAGACCAUGUUUAGGGAAACAUUCUUCAAGCAGUCUCUACAGCCUCUGUGUGUAAGCCCACCAUGCGAGUUUGGAGACACCAUAAUCAUUUGCCAGCCAAAUUCAUUCGUAGUGGCAUUUCGUAGCCUCGAGGACUUGACCAUGUAUGAUGAACAGAACCAAUAUUUCGCUAAUAUCUCAACACUGAUUUCAAAGUUAAGCAGAGACAGUACUUUCUUGGAAUUGGAGCAUGACUGGUUUGAAGGAUAUUUCGUCACACCAAGAAAGAAUAGACGUCGUCAAAAACUCAUUCCAACGCUGAAAGUCACAUGUCGAGACAAAGCGCCCAUUGGUUACCAGUGCCGUGAAGGUAGGUAA